AUGGCAUCCACACAAUCCUCUGACGAACAAGAACCAAGCACCCCUGCAGUUGCUCCUGCACCAAUGGAGAUUCAGCCCCCUCCUCCUGCAGAAGAAGCUCCUUCCGAAGGAAACACGUUCAGCAUGGGAGGUGUGGUGGGUGGCAACAUUCAUGAAGCUGGCUCCUUUGCCAAAGAACGAGCUGCCGAACUCCGGCUGUCGGUGGCAGAAGGCAACUGGUCGCUUCGUAUCUUUGUUCUACUUGCUGCUCUUGCUAUGAUUACCACAAGUUUGAUCGGAUUGAUAUCGGAUGUUUAUCGCAUCGAUACCAUAUCAGCGAUUAUUGACAUUUAUUGCAUGAUUCUGGGAGUUAUCAUGAUUAUUUUGGAGUACGGACACCAGCUUUCAUUCUUCGCCGCCAUCCAACCGAGUCUGUACAGAAAUGCUCUCUUUCUUCGGUUUGUUUGGGGAAGAGGACUCUUUUACUUUGUGGCUGGGACCAUUGAAAUUAGUCAGAGACACUACAUGAAUAUUAUCGUGGGAAGUUUGGUUUGUCUUCUAGGAUUUGCCUUUGCCAUCAUUGGACGAUCGGCAUCACAAAAACUUGCUGAGGCGAGACGAUCCACCUUCACAAUGGAAGACUUACGCUCUAAAUUCAAUGAAUCCGAUGAAGAAAUGAAGGGUUCUUUGGAUAUGAAUCAAUUCAGCAGUUUCAUCAAGCUGCUGGGUAUGGACAUGAAUCGCCGAGAGGUCGAAACUACUUUUUUACAACUGGAAGAGGAUGGUCGAAUCGCUUUUGAGGUUAUUGUCGAAUGGUGGAAUACAGAAGCGACGGAAAACUUCUCGGUCAUACCGGGAGACUACCAGCACAUGGCAUAA